AUGCAGCGUCAGAACUACGGCCACUCGCCGCCCCUGCACCACCCUGUGCCCCAGCAUGUCUCGACCGUACCGCAACUCAGAUCUCCCCCGCCGCCGACGUCGUCGCAGCCACAGACACAGGGCGCCUACAGCAACCCAUACCAGCAGGGCCAACCAGGCCAGCAAGGCGGCAACGCCUUUGGGCAAUAUGGCAACUUCAUGAACGACCCCACCGCACAAAUAGCCGCGUCCAUGGGCCAGAAUGCCUUCAAGCACGGCCAGGAAUACUUGGAACAGAAUGUCAACCGCUGGGUCAACUUCUCGGCGCUGAAGCACUACUUCAACGUCUCCAACUUCUACGUUGUCAACAAGCUGUUUCUCGUCCUCUUCCCCUGGCGCCACAAGCCCUGGUCGCGCAGGCAGGCUGUCGGUCCCAACGGCCAGGAGGGCUGGUACCAGCCCCCGAGAGACGACAUUAACAGUCCCGACAUGUAUAUUCCAGUGAUGGCAUUUGUGACAUACGUCCUUCUGUCGACUCUACUGGCAGGUAUUCGCGGACAGUUCCAACCAGACCUCAUUGGGGCUACGGCUUUCGUGGCCGGACUGGUGGUGGUCCUUGAAAUUGCCUUUUUGCGACUCGGGUGCUACUUCCUCAGCAUUUCCAAUGAAUCGCAGCUCUUCGACCUCAUGGCCUACUCCGGAUACAAGUUCGUAGGUGUCAUUGUCACCGUGGCCACGGCCCAGCUUGUCAACGGGGGCAAGGGCACCGGCGGUAUGAUUGGCUGGUCUGUAUUCUUUUACACGUUCUUGGCCAACUCGUUCUUCCUGAUGCGGUCUUUGAGAUAUGUGUUGCUUCCGGAGAACUCGACCGACCCUCGGAUGCAAACAGAGUCAAGAACGAAGAGAAACCAGCGCACCCAGUUCUUGUUUGGCUACUCGUACUUGGUACAGUUUUUCUUGAUGUGGGUUCUCACCAGGCCAUGA